UCCUGAGGUGGCGGCGGCGGCGUCUCCGACGGAGGAGGAGGAGGGCGGGGAAGGAGGAUGGAGCAAGCUGGGGGUUGGGGUUGGCGCUAGCCGCAGCGGCUUGUCUCGUACUGUGGGAGAGCGGCGGCUGCUUCUGGAAGUUGUGGUGUCGGGAGCCCAGCCGGUGCCGCCGCAGCCGCCGCCUAGGGCGGUGGGAAGGAGGAGGGAGCCGCGGGGCUUGGCGGGGGUCGGGAGGGAGGGACGUGCUGGGGGAGCGAGCUGGGGAAGCCGGAGCGGGCUCUGCGCCGGGCGGGCGGGCGGCGGGGGGGCCAGCGACCGCAGCCGGGGGGACGCGGGAGGAUGGAGCAAGUGGAGAUCCUGAGGAAAUUCAUCCAGAGGGUCCAGGCCAUGAAGAGUCCCGACCACAAUGGGGAGGACAACUUCGCCCGGGACUUCAUGCGGUUAAGAAGAUUGUCUACCAAAUAUAGAACAGAAAAGAUAUAUCCCACAGCCACUGGAGAAAAAGAAGAAAAUGUUAAAAAGAACAGAUAUAAGGACAUACUGCCAUUUGAUCACAGCCGAGUUAAAUUGACAUUAAAGACUCCUUCACAAGAUUCAGACUAUAUCAAUGCAAAUUUUAUAAAGGGUGUCUAUGGGCCAAAAGCAUAUGUAGCAACUCAAGGACCUUUAGCAAAUACAGUAAUAGAUUUUUGGAGGAUGAUAUGGGAAUACAAUGUUGUGAUCAUUGUAAUGGCGUGCCGAGAAUUUGAGAUGGGAAGGAAAAAAUGUGAGCGCUAUUGGCCUUUGUAUGGAGAAGACCCCAUAACAUUUGCACCAUUUAAAAUUUCUUGUGAGGAUGAACAAGCAAGAACAGACUACUUCAUUAGGACACUCUUACUUGAAUUUCAAAAUGAAUCUCGUAGGCUGUAUCAGUUUCAUUAUGUGAACUGGCCAGACCAUGAUGUUCCUUCAUCGUUUGAUUCUAUUCUGGACAUGAUAAGCUUAAUGAGGAAAUAUCAAGAACAUGAAGAUGUUCCUAUUUGUAUUCAUUGCAGUGCAGGCUGUGGAAGAACAGGUGCCAUUUGUGCCAUAGAUUAUACAUGGAAUUUACUAAAAGCUGGGAAAAUACCAGAGGAAUUUAAUGUAUUUAAUUUAAUACAAGAAAUGAGAACACAAAGGCAUUCUGCAGUACAAACAAAGGAGCAAUAUGAGCUUGUUCAUAGAGCUAUUGCCCAACUGUUUGAAAAACAGCUACAACUAUAUGAAAUUCGUGGAGCUCAGGAAGUUACUGAUGGAGUGAAUGAAAUUAACACUGAAAACAUGGUCAGCUCCACAGAUGCUGAAAAACAAGAUUCUCCUCCUCCAAAACCACCAAGGACCCGCAGUUGCCUUGUUGAAGGGGAUGCUAAAGAAGAAAUAUUGCAGCCACCAGAACCUCAUCCAGUGCCACCCAUCUUGACACCUUCUCCCCCUUCAGCUUUCCCAACAGUCACUACUGUGUGGCAGGAUAAUGAUAGAUACCAUCCAAAGCCAGUGUUGCAUAUGGUUUCAUCAGAACAACAUUCAGCAGACCUCAACAGGAACUACAGUAAAUCAACAGACCUUCCAGGGAAAAGUGAAUCAACAGUUGAACAAAUAGAUAAAAAAUUGGAACGAAAUUUAAGUUUUGAGAUUAAGAAGGUCCCUCUCCAAGAGGGACCAAAAAGUUUUGAUGGGAACUCUCUUUUGAAUAGGGGACAUGCAAUUAAAAUUAAAUCUGCUUCACCUUGUAUAACUGAUAAAAUCUCUAAACAACAGGAAUUAAGUUCAGAUCUAAAUGUCGAUGAUAUUUCUCAGAAUUCUUGUGUGGACUGCAGUGUAACACAAUCAAACAAAGUUCCAGUUACUCCACCAGAAGAAUCACAGAAUUCAGACACACCUCCAAGGCCAGACCGCUUGCCUCUUGAUGAAAAAGGACAUGCAACGUGGUCAUUUCAUGGACCUGAAAAUGCCAUACCCAUACCUGAUUUAUCUGAAGGCAAUUCCUCAGAUACCUACUAUCAAACUAUGAAAACUGUGAGUUUAACAACAAGUCCUACAACACGAGUUGAAACCCAUGAUCUUGUGGAUCAUAACACUUCACCUCUCUUCAGAACACCCCUCAGUUUUACUAAUCCACUUCACUCUGAUGACUCGGACUCAGAUGAAAGAAACUCUCAUGGUGCUGUGACCCAGAAUAAAACUAAUAUUUCAACAGCAAGUGCCACAGUUUCUGCUGCCACUAGCACUGAAAGUAUUUCUACUAGGAAAGUAUUGCCAAUGUCCAUUGCUAGACAUGAUAUAACAGGAACAAUACAUUCAGGUGCUGAAAAAGAUACACCUGUAAGAUCUGAAUGGAGUGAACUUCAAAGUCAGGAACGAGCUGAACAAAAAAAGUCUGAAGGCUUGAUAACCCCUGAAAAUGAGAAAUGUGAUCAUCCAGUGGGGGGUAUUCACUCAGAGAUGGGUAUAGAACGUCCACCUACUUUCAGUGACAAGAGAGAACAAAUAUUGGAAAGUCCGACAGAUGCCACAGAUAUUGGUUUUGGUAAUCGCUGUGGAAAACCCAAAGGACCAAGAGAUCCACCUUCAGAAUGGACAUGAUUCAGGGAGCUAAAAGACACUUUAAAUUAUACUGGAAAAUUCAAGUGCCACUGAAAGCCAGAUUUACCGUAUUCCAUCUUUAAUAUGUGGGACUAACAGCAGUGUAGAUCGUUACCUUAGUAUUUUUUGCUGGGACCAUCUACCUGCCUUAUAGGAAAAAGUAUUACGUAUGGUUUAUUUUGAAACUUCAAGUAUUAUUGCCUUAAUGUCUCUUAAUCCUGUUACACGCUGCUUGUAGACAUGUUAAUAUAGUAAUACUUUUAUGAUAUAUUGAGUUUAAGGACUACUCUUUCUCUGUUUUAUCAUGUAUGCAUUAUUUUGUAUAUGUACAGGGCAAGUAGGUAUAUAAUUUGAUAAAGUUGCAAUCAUAAAAUAUUAUUAACAGAAGAUGUAAGAAAUUUCUGCAUGGUCUAAAUCUUUGUGUACUUUAUUUGUAAAUUAUUUGCCCUGGAGUUUUAGAAAAUAGUUUCUGAAUUUUAAAAUUGCUGGAUUCAUGCAGCCAGCCUUGCAGGUUAUCAGAGAUCAAAGAUUGUAAUAAUAAUACAUUUUGUAAAUUGUAAGCAAAAAGUUAUUUUUAUAUUAUAUAUGGUCUAAUUGUUCAUCCUCAUUGUUCUUGUUUUCAUCUAGUCAGAGAUUCAGUAAGUGCCUUGGAACAAUAUUGAAUUCUCUUAGCUUGUGUGUGUGUUUCUUCAAUAUCUGAACUCAACUGGGAUAAGAAGACUAUCAAAAUACAUGUAUGUUUCAGGAUAUUUGACCUGCCAUUAAAAAAACAAACCGUUUUACAGUGC